UGCUGCUCAAAGAUUAAAUGUCAGCAUAAUUCCGCCUAGAAACAAACAUAAAAAAGAAAAAGUUGGGAGAAAGAAUAUAGAAAUAUACGGCUGUUCACUCCCUUGUUUCUUUUAUCCUCUACUAUAAUUAAAACAUGUUUCGUCCCAACAGAAACAUCCUUAACCGUUUAUCACGAUUAAAUAUUGCUCAAAAAGUGGCAGUGACCCGUACUGUGACCACGACUACUAUUGCUCAAAAGACAGCAUGGACAAGCAGUAAAGCCAAUAGAAUAGUUGCAUAUGCCACUUUGGGAGCAGCAGGUUUAGCAACUGCUAGCUACUUCAACCUCACAAAUCCUGUUUAUAACGAAGCACCUCCCUCUCCUGAAGUUGUUGAAGACCCAGCAACCAAACUUCUUUUCCCGGUUUAUUUGGAAACAGACAGUGUGAAAAAACAAUUGAUAGGACUAGGUGUACGUACGGUUUCAUUUAUGAAUAUGAAUGUGUAUGUAGUAGGCAUGUACAUGGUGCCCGGAGAUAUUUCUCAAUUGGCGAAAUUGAGUAAAUGGAAGAAUUUUGAUAAAAGUAAAAUAUUGGAAAGUGAUGAAUGUGCCGAAGAAUUCCUAGAGCAGCCCUUCGACUUAACGAUCCGAUUAGUGCCAUCACGUUCUACCAACACGCAGCAUUUACGUGACGGUUUCGUGCGCAUACUUACACAGCGUAUGCGAGACCAAGAUUUGACGGAAGAUGAGGAAAAAGUUAUUUUGAAGGCUAUUCAAGAAUUCAAAUCCAAUUUUGUUAGUAUGCGAGUGAAAAAGGAUUCAGAAUUCAUUUUUACAAAGACAAGGGAAGGUGGAUUAAAGAUGAUUUACGAAGGUCGACAUUUAGGAACAGUAGAAGACUCAUGGCUAGCAAAAAACUUCUUCAUGUGUUAUUUGAAUAGUCAAUCUCCAUCAAGCCAGGCUGCUUUGAAUGAUUUUGCUAGCGGCUUUGAGAAACUUUUGAAAUAAAGAUGAGAUAGUGGAAAUUGGAGAACGUGUUCUAUACAUUUGCCUUCGAAUUGUGAUUGUGAUAUUAUUUCGUUUUUAUUCCAAAGUUAGCAAUUUUUGUAAUAAUCAGCAG